CGGUGCCCGCCCCGCGCAGGCGCCCCGUUGGCGGCGGGCCGGGCGUUCCCCGCUCCACCAUGUCGGGCUCCAGCGUGGCGGCCAUGAAGAAGGUGGUGCAGCAGCUGCGCCUGGAGGCGAGUGUGACCCGCGUGAAGGUUUCUCAGGCUGCAGCGGACUUGAAGCAGUUCUGCCUGCAGAAUGCACAACAUGAUCCCUUACUGACAGGAGUAUCGUCAAGUACAAAUCCCUUCAGACCCCAGAAAGUCUGCUCAUUUUUGUAAUUAUGUGAACUACUUCGGUAUCUUUCAAUGGCAAUUUCUUAGCUGUGAAGCUGGUGUUUUCACGAUGAGCCAGUCGAGCUGCUGUUUGCAGAGCCAGCGCCACCUCUGCAGGGUGAAGAGGAAACGUGAUGUUACACAGACUUCCCCUGCUCCUCAAAGCCACAGGAGGUGCCUGGCAUUUCUGCAGGCACCAAGCGACUGGCAACAAGUUUUUCUGUCCUUCCGCUUCGCAGCUGCAGGAAAUACUAAGCUUCAGUUCUUUUCUAACAGCUUUGAUUAUCUUCUUCUACUCUUUGGGAUGGGUUUAAAGUUUAUUUUAUAACAGGUCUAUAAAACAGCUGUUGAAAAAGAGAUGUUUUCAUUCUAAAUAGCUGUCCCUGCCUAACUCUGAAGGUACCUUAGACAUAGAGUUGCUUCAUUUAGCAUUGAUGAUACUCUUCUAACUACAUUUUGUUGUUGUUU